GAGCGUCCAUCAUGCUGUGCCGGCCAUCGUCAAUAAGAUGCUAGAAAGCGACCUGGCUCGCGAGAUCAACACUCGUCGUGUGUUUUUGUCCACGGAAGGAAUCGGCGAUCGGAGCGGCAACCUCGUCUCGUCUGCUGUGGAAUCUCGACGUGUCGAGGACGGAAGAUGUCUGCGCGGGAGCGAGCGUUCAGCACCAAGGACAGCGUCAGUCUGCUGCCCUGCUUCUACUUCGUGGAGCUGCCCAUCCUGGUGUCCUCCAUGGUCAGCUUGUACUUCCUGGAGUGGACGGAUCUGUUCCGGCCCGUCAAGUCCGGCUUCCACUGCCACGACCGCAGCCUGAGCCUCCCCUACGUGGACCCCAGCCACGAGGUCAUCCCUCUGCUCAUGCUGCUCAGCCUGGCGUUUGCGGGGCCCGCCAUCACGAUCAUGAUCGGGGAGGCCAUCUUGUUUUGUUGUCUUUCUCGACGCAAGAGCUGUGCUGGAGCGGAAGCCAACAUCAACGCAGCCGGCUGCAACUUCAACUCCUUCAUACGGAGGGCGAUACGUUUUGUUGGCGUCCACGCAUUUGGUCUCUGCGCCACGGCGCUGGUCACAGACGUCCUCCAGCUGAUGACGGGCUACCCCACGCCGUACUUCCUCACCGUGUGCAAGCCCAACUACACCACGCUCAGCAUGAGCUGCGAGCACAACCCCUACGUCAUGGAGGACAUCUGCUCAGGCGGCGACUCGGCCGCCAUCAAUCGGGGCAGGAAAUCCUUCCCGUCCCAACACGCCACUCUGGCAUCCUUUGCUGCUGUCUAUGUUUCGAUGUACUUCAACAGCACUCUGACCGACUCGUCCAAGCUGCUCAAGCCCCUGCUGGUCUUCUCCUUCAUCAUCUGUGCCAUCAUCUGCGGCCUGACCCGCAUCAUCCAGUACAAGAACCACGCCAUCGACGUCUACCUGGGGUUUCUGAUUGGCGGCGCCAUCGCUCUCUACCUCGGUUUGUAUGCAGUUGGAAAUUUCCUCCCGAGUGAGGAGCCCAGCACCAUUACCCACUCCCUGCCCCACUGCCCCUCCUGUUCCCUACCCCACAUCAGCCAGGAGGCGGUCCUUCAUCACCUCCAAAUGAAAGCCAGCAUUUCUGGGGAGCCAAGAAUCAGUACCUCCCAAUCUGAAGGCAUUCUCCAUCGCGGUCUUCCUCAGCAGAACACUGACGAGAGCCUGAAGUGCUCCAGCAGAGACGCCGAUGGGAUCCCACCCCACAGCCCGCGCAGCAAAGAUACCACGGUGACCUUUAGCCACACCCUCCCUCGCGUCCACACCCCACAGGCUAUAGCAGCGUACGAGGAAGCAGCACGACGUCACGCCGCCACCCUCAACCAUGCCUCCAUGGAUUCCAGUCGUUCCAAGCAGCUUUUGUCACAGUGGAAAAAUAAAAACAGCCACAAACCUAUCCUGCAGGUGCCGGACUGUUUCCCGCCCUCCGGAGACCUGUUGUCCGUUCAGUCCGCUGCGCAUCCCCAUUACCACGGCAGCAUGGAGGUCCGAUCCAGCUCGGAACCCUCAGCGGUGAGCCUGGAUGCCGGCUUUGAUGCGCAUGCUUACAUGUCCAAACUGACCACAGGCGCAAGUACCACACUGCCCAGUAACUGCAGCGGCAUUACUGGAGGAGCCAGAAUGUUGAUGCAGUCCCGACCUGGGUCUUCGCAACUGGUCCACAUACCCGAGGAAUCACAUGAAAAUUACCAUCAUACCUCCCCUAGGGCAGCAGGAGGAGGGGGUGAGGGUGUUGCUUUAGUUGAUGGUACAGUUCAGGCUAACUGGCAAAGGGUAGCUGAGAAGACAACCCAACCUCGAAUUAUUCAAGUCAUCGCUAUGUCCAAGCAGCAAGGUCUCCUUCAGACUCAUUCUAGAAGCCUGGAUGAGAGCAGCACUGUCGGAAGUUCCCAGGGCUUGGCUCACUACCGGGCUUCUGCUGACAAGGAGCCGAGUAGCACCACAGGACCCAGCUCCCUGGGCAGCACCACAGGCAGCAUUUCAGGGAGUACCGGAGCAAUCGUCAGGAUAGAAGCCCAUCCUGAAAACCACAAAUUGGUCAUCCCAGCCCCUGUCAUCCAAGCCCCGUCCAACGAUGGAAGUGGCUCAUGGAGGUGGCGGUCUCUGGAUCACGGCAAUGGCGCCGCCGGAGGGCCUGGAAGUCUGAGGCAGUCCUUUGACCUCAAUGAUCUCAGCAGAGACUCUGAAAGCUCCGACUCAAUACGAGAAGGCUCUAUUGACAGGAAGCGUGCUAACAACGCCGUGGUUACUGUUCAGUCCGGCCAAGCUUGUGUUGCUGAGCAGAAGCACCACAAUCUCUCCACCAUCAGGGUGACUCCAGGAGAUGGUUGUGGGCCCGGAUCUGGAGGAGAUGCAGCUUCAGAAAUACUCUCAGCCGCCUCUAGUCGCGAGUCCACACUACGACGAAAAGGCCAUAAUGUCAUCUUGAUUCCAGAGAGAGGAAACAGCCCAGAUAUCACUCGGAAUGUUUUCUACAAGGGAACAUCGACACCUACUAAGGAAUAAUGCACACAUUACUUGGAGGUUCCAGGGAACUACCAGCAAAAAGCAUCCUUUGGUCUGUACCAAUGAGACGCUAGUUCGUUCUCCCCCUUUGGUGCGUCUGGUCCGGUGUAAAUGAAUCAUCCAACUUUGGUGCCAACAAACAAUUCAAAGACCGUCCAGAUGAGGCGCAGUUUGGUUGCGUUGUGAAAGAAAGUUGUAAUCAUCUUAAUAAUUUGGUUUGACCGUGAUCUCGUAAUGUUGACGCAACGAAAAGUUGUAAACGGAUGAGACGAUGAAACCGACGUAAACUUUCGCAACACGUCUUGAGCUGAGUAUGUCUGCAGUUAGCCUGUUGCUUAACACCGUGCUGAAGGAAGUUCAUAUGUCUGCAGUUUACAGGAAGUGUCUGCGCGAAGGCAUCAUCGGUACACCAAACGUUAGGGCUUGGCGAUAUGACUGAAAACUGUAUCAUGAUACAAUUGUUUUAUAUUGCUCCAUCCAUCUUCUUCCGCUUACCUGAGGUCAGCCGCCUAAGCAAGAGAAGCCCAGACUUUCCUCUCUUCAGCGUCUUCGUCCAGCUCUUCCUUGAGAUGCCGAGGCGUUCCCAGGCUAGCUGGGAGACAUAGUCUUUCUAUCGUGUCCUGGGUCUUCCUCGUGGCCUCCUACCGGACGUUCCCUAAACACCUCCCCAGGGAGGCGUCCGGGGGGGGCGUCCUGACCAGAUGCCUGAACCACCUCAUCUGGCUCCUCUCUGAACGAGGAACGGCUUUACAUAGCUCCUCCAGAAUGACAGAGUUCUAUCUCUAAGGGAGAGCCCCGCCACCCAGUGGAGGAAACUCAUUUCAGCCGCGUAUACCCGUGAUCUUGUCCUUUCGGUCAUAACCUAAAGCUCAGGACCAUAGGUGAGGAUAUAGGAAGUCGAUCGACCGGUAAACCGAGAGCUUUGCCUUCCGGCUCAGCUCCUUUUUCACCACGACUGAUCGAUACAGGAUUCGCAUCACUGCAGAUGUGUCCAUCGCGAUAUAUAUCGAUAUAAUUUUAUUGGCCAGCCCGCACGACCAUAACCUCCCAAGAUUUAGGAGUGCACUGCGCUAUUUGCUGCUGCCAUGUGGAGAUUUAACGUAUAAUUACAUUAAUCCAAACUCUAAAAGUACACAUUUGUCUUUCUCUGGGAACAAAUUACCUUUAUUUACCUUAAUUAAAGUACUUUUUAGGAGAAGUAACUGAAACUACUGGACUACAGAGCCCACCAGUAAAAUAGCAGCACCCACCAAAUUUUAGAAGAGAAAAAUAUUUUCCAUAUAUUAGCGGCACUGGACUAUAAGCCGCAGAUACAUACAUAAAUAUUUGUAAAUAUUUAUAUACCUCAAUUGUUUCCAAACAGUGUCUGUAACACGGCAGUAAAAUGGAUGAUCAAACAAAACAGAAGUCAUCGUCAUGGACCCAGUAGCUGCGGAAGCUAGCUCUCCAAUCAGCUAAACAGACUCAAACACUGCACGCUGACGUUUUGGUGAAUUUACUGAAGAAUUUGUGAAACUGAAACGACACAUGUCUAUGAAGGUUCUCGUCCAUCCAGGUGGUUGUCAUCUCAGGGCAUUCAAUCCAUCGCAACUGCACCGCUUGGUUUGUCUUGGAAGACGUUUCGCCGCUCAUCCGAGUAGGCUUCAUCAGUUCGUUCUCAUUGACUUAGUUUGGUCAGAUCUAGUGUAAACCCUCCAAAACCAGGCGGGUGUGCCUGGGUAAGGAUGGCUUUGCCUUUUCCUCGUUUGUACCAUCUGUUCUGAACAGGGAGGACGGAUGGUACGAAAGAGGAGUGAGGGAAGCCAUCUAUGUCAAGGUUGAAAAACCAUCCCUGAACAGAGGAGGUGGUCUGCGACACCACCUGUCUCCCACAUACAACACUGUCCUUUCAGUCAUUCCUAAAAGACUCUGCAAUUUAUCUUCCAACAAAUAACAGGAGUUAGAAACAUUCUGGCCACCGGGGGUGACCAGAAUACCAUUUGUGCCGUUUGUUUACGACUGAAUGGAAUGCUUACGCGGGGGGUUUCGGCUAUUUUGGACUGGUAGUAGUCGAUCCAAUACCUCAAAGCCGACGACUGUCGCUGGCUUUGACAGUUAGGAUUGUUUGUGUGCAUCAAAACAGUUGUUUUUUUCACUACCAUAGGGCGAAACCAUACUUACCCUCCUGGUUUUGGAGUAUAAAUAUUUGGGGUUUUGGCACUAGCCGCUACACCAGAUCUGACCAAUCUAAGUCUAUGAGAACAAAGUUAAAGUUAAAGUACCAAUGAUUGUCCCACACACACUAGGUGUGGUGAAAUUUGUCCUCUGCAUUUGACCCAUCCCCUUGUUCACCCCAGUGGGCAGCAGCGGUGCCGCGCCCGGGAAUCAUUUUUGGUGAUUUAUCCCCCAAUUCCAACCCUUGAUGCUGAGUGCCAAGCAGGGAGGUAAUGGCUCCCAUUUUUAUAGUCUUUGGUAUGACUCGGCCGGGGUUUGAACUCACAACCUACCGAUCUCAGGGCGGACACUCUAACCACUAAACUGAUGAAGCCUACUCGGAAGAGCGGCGAAACGUCUUCCAAGACAAACAAUACAACAAGAAUGCCAUUGUAAGUUACCAACACAGACACUCGUAAGCGUGUUAGCAUAUUAGCUAACGCUAUCGACGCUAGCUUGAUUGCAUUACGGUAGCACGCACAAAUGUGCAUGAAAACGCUCCUGCGGACAUCACACAUGGGACGCUUUAGUAAGGAAGAUUAGUUUUAGUUAUAUUGUAAAACUUACAAACGUUCCUCGGAGCGAUGAAUGAAGGAUCUAUACGGGUAGAAACGCUAUGGACGACGAGAAGACGGGAGCGGCACUUGUACUUCCGGUUCACGGUUCAAAGCACUAGUCCAAAAGAUGGCGCCAUUGCACAAAAAACAACACACCUUUUUAUUAUAUUUUCUUGUUGUUGUUUUAAACUCUAAUAUCCGCAGGGUUCAAAGCGUAGGAAAAUAGUAGCGUCUUGUAGUCCAAAUUUAGGGUAAUUACUUUGUACUGCUGACCUAUAGGAGAGGAGAGCAAGUUUUUUUUGACAUAUUUCGUUCGGCUUCGACGGGGGGGGACGCACCAAGGGACGAUACGUGUACAUAUGAAUAACUUCAAAGAACAUAAUCGAUGUAGCAUGAGACUUUGUCACGUUACCUAAAGCACAACCUUUAUGAGUGUUGCCAGAAAUAAUCACUGUGUACUUUUGUAGCCACGCCCACCGACACCUCUUUCAAGUGGAGCGGUUUCCACGGGCGGCGUCGCACCUUUUUUUAAAGAUUUUCUACACGAGCGCCCACAAGGCGAGGGUGCGGGCCCAGAAGGCAGAACUGCAUCAUGGGCGCGGGCCCAGAAGGCAGAACUGCAUCAUGGGCGCGGGCCCAGAAGGCAGAACUGCAUCAUGGGCGCGGGCCCAGAAGGCAGAACUGCAUCAUGGGUGCGGGCCCAGAAGGCAGAACUGCAUCGUGUUUGUCCCUCCAUUGUUCUCUCCCACUGUGGUCACAGUGGGUUCCAGAAGGGUGCUAUACCGCAACAUGUUCUAUAUUCUCUAGCCGGGAAAAACACAAAAAAUAUCGCAAUCCACGAAAAGAGUCAACAAUUACGAUAAGAGUUUGAUUUCUACUCUUUUUGGGGGAAGGGAAAGCGUUUUUGAACCGUAAGUGUGCUUAGCGUUCCUUCUAUAGCUUUCAUUGAAUAAGCUGUCACUCGCACUCUCAAGUGUUCUCUUGUUCUUAUCCUAGUACUUUGUGUACUACGUACUUAGGGGGUGUCCAAACUUUGGAAAAAUGAGAGCAUGGCGGCGGCAAUUUUUGAUAUAGUUUUCAUUUUUUUCCAAAACCUGUACAAUGUUUGCUGUAACCUCUCAGUUUUGGUGAACGUUAAAGCUCCCGGGGACCCGAAAAGGGUCUCAGUCAUUGAAGUGUGGAAAAUACGUCAAAUUGCAAUUUUAUUUUAACUCUUAAAUAUCUAAAGAUAUACUUCAUAUCCAGCCGUUGCCAUAAAAAAAAAAAAAAAAAAUUAUUAUAUUUUAUGCCUUUUUUUUAAUGGCAAAAACACAAAAUAUGCAAUAUUUCGCCCAAACAAUUUUUCAAAAUGGAAUAUUUAAUGUGACGUAAUAAUAAUUGAAUAACAACAUAGCUUUUGAUCUAUUAUUAUUUUUUGAGCGAUGACAAAAAAAAUCUAAAAAGCC